CACAUGCGCAGUGAUAGUGAGUGGCUGCAUCAACACGAGGAGAUUUAGAGAUAAAAAAAAAGUGGAUAAAAAACUAAAAUAUUAAGAAGAGAGUGACUAAAGGAGAUAAUAAAGGGAGGAGAGUCUGCUGCAGCGGAGAUGAACCAGCUGGAGCGUCCAAUAUACGACGACGACGACCUGGAAGAGACGGAGUGUCACCAUGACAACAGCGAUGGGACAAAUAACAACAACAACAACAACCGACGGAAGGCGGUGUGUCCAGCAGCAGGUGAACACCCUCUCCAGUAUAACUACACGUUCUGGUUCAGCAGAAGAACUCCGAGUCGUCCUGCGAGUUCUCAGAGUUACGAACAAAACAUCAGACAGAUUGGCAGCGUAGCAUCGGUGGAGCAGUUCUGGAGGUUCUACAGUCACCUGGUCAGACCAGGUGAUCUGAGUGGACACAGUGACUUCCAUCUGUUUAAAGAGGGAAUCAAACCGAUGUGGGAGGAUGAGUCUAACCGCAGUGGGGGGAAGUGGAUCAUCCGUCUACGUAAAGGUCUGGCCAGCAGGUUCUGGGAGAACAUGGUGCUGGCUAUGGUGGGAGAGCAGUUCAUGGUGGGAGAGGAGAUCUGUGGAGCCGUCGUCUCUGUUCGCUUCCAGGAGGACAUCUUGUCCAUCUGGAACAGAACAUCCAACGACCAAAUGACGACUUCUAGAAUCCGAGACACUUUGAGACGAAUCCUCAACCUUCCAGCCAACACCAUCAUGGAGUACAAGACCCACAACGACAGCCUCAGGGACAACUCAAGCUUCAGAAACACAAAGAUCUCCCUCUGAAGACAUCAGCCGACCAAUCAGGACACAGAGCAUCAGCUGUGUGUGUGUGUGUGUGUGUGUGCGUGUGCGUGUGCGUGUGCGUGUGUGUGUUCGAAGCAUAUGUAUGUAUGUGUGAGGAAUUAAACUGAAUUUUCUGUUAAUUUCUCUUUUCUGUGUUUUUCAUCUGAAAAUAAAUCAAGGCGCCUCUAGUGGUCACAGCUGAAAGUCACACAUUCAUUUUUAAUCAUAGACUGUAUAUAAAUAAUGGAUGUAGUCACCGUGACGUCACCCAUUGGCUUGUGGUCCGUUGGAAGCAUCGAGUUCAGCGUUACACUCGUCGCCAUCUUGUUUCCAAUGUGGGGAGCAGACCAUAUCUGGACUGUGGAGGAGCGAGAGGGAUCUGAUCACUGACUACAGACUUUCUACACCUCAACCUGACUGAGAGAAGUCACUGCUAAUUCAUGUUAGCAUUAACUGGAGCAUUAACUGGGAUGUUAGUUUUAGCAAAAAACAAAAACAAAAUGUAUGUUACUUGCCUCAGAAAACUGAGCAGCGACUCCUUGGAGUGUCUGUUAGUCCAACCAAACACUGAACAAGACAUUUUUACUGAACAAAAUGUUCAAAUAAACUGUCAUUAAGUGAAAAUACAGUGUGAAAGGGUCAAAGUUAUGAGACCAAAUUGGUAAAAGUCCUUUUUUAUAUCUAUAUAACGUUAUAAAUAACUUUAUUGACUUGUUGCUGUGGAUAUGCAUUGUUCUGCUUCUCUCCUGAUGAUGGCUCUCCUUGUUAAUGACCUGUCAAUCAAAGGUAGCCACGCCCCAAAUCAUACGAUUCUUUAUCUUCUAAUUUCUUCUAAAUGGGGCCAUUAUUAGAACUAUUGACAACAAAUUGUCAUGAAGAUGAUUUUUUACUCGUGAUUGAGACCAUAGUGUUGUCCUGAAAAAAAUUUCUGAGGUAAUAAAUCAAGUGAGAAGUUUUCAAAUUU